CUCAGUUACGCCGCGCCCCUUGCGAAGUGCGCUGCGCCUCACGAGCGAGAUUACGGUGUCUUCGCAGCCCGAAAAUACUUUUUACCAUCACGUUUUCGGCGCGUUUACCGAACGUUCGGCUCCCGUGCACGUUCCUUUGUUUUCGUUUUCGCAUUCGAUCCCGCGUCGAGCUGCGUAACAUCGUUCGGUGGACACGUUUCGAUGUUGCGAUCGAGCACGAGUUUCGCGCAAGGUUUAUCGGCUGCGAACGAAACGAACGUGAGUGAGAGACUAAGCGACAGGGAUAAUGAUUCGGUGAAACUGUAGCGUUCGCGCGAAAAGUGUGGUGAAACGAAAGUGAAUCGGUGAAUCGAAAUUGACACGAAGAGCUUGCGAGACGCACGCGUUCGAAAAGUUCGAACGUGGGAAGCGUUCUUUUCUCGUUGAUUUUUAGGGCUUGACUCUUGGAACUAGAUUCGAAUAAAAAGAAGACGAUAAGGUUAGAGGAACGGGGUGAUCCGAUGGUUGAAGGAGAGGUUGAACAAGCGCCGAUGAACGAGCCUGACUCGGUUCAUCGGUUACGAUAAAAGAAACGCCUUCGACAAUUCACACGAUGGAUAAUGGACUUUGCUGAAGGUUUUGCAUUCGGUUUCUAUUAGCAGACUCGGUUGGUCACGUACGCGCAAAGAUCGAGCAUCGAGAAUACCGUGGCAUCCGCGACGAGAAGAAACCGCUCUGCGAUGGAUCAAGUGGAACGAAGUAUUAGGUCCGCUGUUUUCGUACCUUGAGACCAUCCAUCAAAGGCUGUCUCUAACAUCGGACCAACGUUCCACCUCGUGUUCGUGAUGACAGGAAUGUCGAGGCAGCGGUACGCGAACCGCAGCAGCGGGAACAGAUAAGGAAGGGAGGAGCCACGCAUCGGGCAAUCAUGUGUAGUGUCAUGUGGCUCCUUCGGCUCCUAACCACUUGCUGCCUCGUUUACCUAUCGGCGUCCGACUCUCAUACAGAUCUGCCGCUAAUAACGGAUUCGGUAUCGACGAAAUCGACGACGGCGGCAAAGCGAUCGGUACCGACGGACGCGCCGAUGUUGAACUACAUUUUCGAUGCGCACAGCACGCUAAACAAGCAUCAACAUCAUCACGAUCAUCGGUGGGGUCCUCAUUUCGAAGGGGAAAGCAAGAACAUGACCGUGCAAGCUGGUGGAAGUGCGAUCCUCGACUGCAGGAUAUCCUUGCUACAGGAUAAAACCGUGUCUUGGGUACGUAGACAAGAUAACGGAGAAAAGGUGAAUCUGCUGACGGUGGGGCAGCAGACGUACAUAGGAGAUCCAAGAUACACGGUGAAGUUCCAAUACCCGGACAACUGGCGCUUACAAAUCGAGCCCGUGAACAGUAGCGACGAGGGCCAGUACGAGUGCCAAGUCAGCACUCAUCCGCCCAAGUAUAUUCACGUGAAUCUUCACAUCAACGCACCGUCCGUCCAAAUAGUGGACGCCCUGGGUGAACCGCUGAGAGACAAGUACUACGAGGCUGACAGCACCAUCGAGCUAUUGUGCGUCGUGCGUCAUAUAGCGAUGCAAGUCCAGUAUAGUGUCGUUCAGUGGCUUCACGGCAACAGAGUUCUCAAUUACGACACGACGAGAGGCGGUAUCAGCGUGAAAACGGACCUAAUGGAAGAGGGGGCCAAUUCGACACUCAGCAUAGCGAGGGUGGGACCAGCUGACAGCGGAAACUACACGUGCCAUCUCACCACCAUGCCCGAUCAACCUGCCACUGUUCACGUGCACGUGCUCAACGGAGAAAGCUUAGCCGAACUGCAUCACGGAUCCGCAAAAAGCGUGGGCGGUAGCGGGUCGUUGCUACUGCUUCUGUUCGUUCUCCUGGGCCGGAUACAACAGGUGUUCAGAUGAAGGAUCGACGACGCUUCGUCGCCGUAUCGACACGGCGCUGCGCAAAUAACAAUAUGGACUUUUAUAUUAUCGCUGAAGAAUGGAGCUAGCCGUGUGGAUGCGUAAACGACGAACGAAGGAAAAAAGAGCGACGAAAGAAAUGGAUGAAACGAGAAGAGGUGACGUUGGCUGGCGAAAGUAAUACGUGGAUCGAAACGUUACGAGAAUAGACGAGAGAAUAGGCUACUACGAGAAAGGGAAAGGUUGGCAGCGUCGAUCCGCCGCCAUUGUCUUUCCGCGUCGCUACACGCCAGUUUCCGGUUCGCUGUUUGUCCUCCAUGGCCGACUCGAUCUCGUAAAGCGCCCGACUCUCGCGUCUUUGUCCUUCCGGUUACCGGAACUCUCGGAUCGUAGUCGAAAGAAUUAGGCAACCCGCCGAGCUUCGGAGGAAGGAAUUUGUCGAUAGCGCUGGUUGCUAAAUCGAUCGGAUCGUAUCGAAAGUGAGAGAGAAAACGGGGUUAGAGAUUCGAUUUGGAAAUUCAAUUUGGAAAUUCGAUCGGCUGACUCGUAGUCUUUCUGUUUUCGCGCGUCAGCUACGUCAUGUGCCUUUAUAUUCAGUUUCGAGAACGAAGUCAAGUGCGAAGAGUUUGGCCGCAGAGUUGCGUCGUACGUAAACGAAGAUGGAACAAGGUGAGAACGACACGUGCAUAUCUUUUACGUUCUACGUUAACUCGUGUAAUCGCACGUUUUCGUUUAUUUUAGCGAUCGUGUACGAUAGAUCUUUGUAUCGUGGAAUACAUAAUCAAAAUAUAAUAAAAAUAGUACAUAGGGGUUUAAUACGUAUAAAAAUGUUGACAUAUCUCGUUAUUCGGCACUCGAAUAGACUGAACUACUAAACUAAUUGAAACGGAUGUAGAUCAGUAGUAAACUUAAAACGUUCACUGUCUACGAUUCCAGAGAAAAAUGUCCUCGCUUUCGCGUUACAUCUCUAUUACCUUAAAUUCCUUAGCACGGAUGGUGAACGCGUUAAGUUUCCAUUCAUCGGAUCGAUCAUCUCAUACUCACAACCAUACUUUUUCGUUUAUUUCCUAGAGAAAUGUCUCUUAUUUUUCCACUUUAUAUAGGACCGCCUUUAUCAUCGAGCCAAUGCGAAAAAUACCAAAAGAUUUCCAAAGGAUCGUCGAUAGCGUUCCAAAGAUAUCUCGGCAACCAGAAUCUACCGAUAGCGAAAGAAUCAUCUUUGAUCUCCGGCGCGGCAAAAGAGAGCUGCCGACAGGAGGUUGUUCCUUCCUCCCUACGAAUUGUCUCGGAAAAAUCCGUACGAAACCGUGCCGCCUGACUGCGCCCAACUGCGUCGAUUCGAAAAUCAGCGCAGGUUCGAUCAAGUUUGCGUAAACGUGCGCACUUAUACGUGGGCAUUUAUCGGCACGAUGACGAAACGCUCGGAAGCCGCCUCGCGCCGUUGCGUUCCUUUAUCGCGUUCCAACGUUUCCGAGACGUGCGUUCGUCGGAAAAUGGCGCGACGAUGUGACGAUGAUCGAGCGUCUCGCGUAUAUUCGUAUCAGCGAUCGAACGAACGCGCGUUAACAAGUUUAAGCGACGAUCGUUCGUUCGAUCGUAAUUACGCUUUUCCUUCUUUACCGAGUUCGAGUUGAAUUCGGAAAUCGAUCGCGAAUGAAGAUAAGAAGUACGAUGUAUCUAAUAACAAAAGCUAUUCGAUGACUGUAACAGUGAGUUUCCUUAUUUAUGCAUUUUGUUCGAGUAAUCAUGCGUCGACGAAAGAAAAAGUCGACUGUGUGUACCAAGUACGGACCGCUCGAGCGAGGCUCGAAUUAUCAGUAUUAUCUAGUUUUCUAAAGAGCCAGGCGGAAGCAUCGCGUGAAAGAAAGCGGAAGCGAUCGCGAAGCGCGCGAUAACGUUGCGUUUGCGCGUAAAUUACUCGCACUUGAUUCGAUCGUCGACGAGAUAAUCGAAGAAAGCGAUAAAGCGCCGCAUACGUAUAUCCUCUCCACUCGAACGAAUACAGUGUACUUAAUUCGUAACAUCGACUACGCGCGUCACGAACAUUCGUAUUUACAUCGUUCUUAGUUAACGAGAGUGUUAUGCAUCAACGUGCGCGUCUCGUUGUUUUCUAUAUCGACUGGUUAUAAAAUUACGCGCAAGCACGAACAAAGUGGACGAGUCGUAAAACUACAAAUACCAAGUACAAACGAAAAUGCUUAAGAGAUUAAAUUAUUUCGUCGGCAUCGUUAUUUCUCUAAGUAAAAGCACACAUUUUUCAAAUUUACCGAUUUUCGUAUCAAAGUAUCGCGGUAAUAUCGUUCUGUCGUUCGUGAAAAUAAAUUCGAAUAUUUAACGCGAUGUCGUUGAUUAAAAAUAUGAAAUAUCCUUUGAUCGUAAACUAGCGAAAAUUCGUGUUACGGAUCAAGGAUUAAACCACUCGUAAAGCGUUUCCGAGCGGCUCAAUGGGCACAAUGGGAUGCGAGAAAAGCGAUUAACUGCCAACCUGAUCCUAAGCUCAUCAAUUAGCGAUACGAAGCGAAGUUUUAAAGCGGCGGCAGCUACGCGUUUUAGCGAAAGUCAUUCUUUUUCCGUUGAUCCGUUGAUCUGUCGCUCGACGGAUGAGGCUCUCGAACGGCGCUCACGAGCAAUUGAACUUGUGUAUCGGGACAGAUCGCAAGGUAAUACUCGAACUUGACAUAAAAUCCAAAGUUUUCUUCGACGGCGAAAUUAUGAAAUAUACGAUAUGCGUUUUACAAGA